CUAAACUCCAAAACCCUAACAAAGAAAAUUGCUUAAACCCUUCAACGCUGAAAAGCCUAGAGAAGCUUGUUCAAUGGCGGAACCCCAAAUCUCCAAGACCUUCCCGGUGAAACCGAAGCAAAAACCCAAGCCUCGCACCCCAAAACAAACCCCAGAAUCCAAGUACUGGUCCUCCUUCAAAACCAAGCAAAUCCCUAAUCUCAUCGCCUCCAUAAACUCCCUCACCUUCUCCCCCACCGCCCCUCACUCCUUCGCCGCCGCCCACUCCACCUCCCUCACCCUCUACAACCCCCAAAGCCAAUUCUCCCGCUCCUCCAACAUCUCCCUAAACGACGUCGUCUCCUCCGCCUCCUUCCGCUCCGACGGCCUCCUCAUCGCCGCCGCCGACCUCUCCGGCCUCGUCCAAGUCUUCGAUGUCAAAACCCGAACCCCCCUCCGGAGGCUCCGGUCCCACACCCGCCCCGUCCGCUUUGUCAAGUUCCCCGUCGCCGAUAAGCUCCACUUGGUCUCCGGCGGCGACGACGCGGUCGUCAAGUACUGGGACGUCGCCGGCGAGACCACGAUUUGCGACUUUCUAGGGCACAAGGACUACGUGCGCUGCGGCGAUUGGUCCCCAAAUGAUUCCAACAUGUUCAUCACUGGGUCGUAUGAUCACACAGUGAAGCUCUGGGAUGUGAGGGAUAAGGAUUCGAGCUCCGUGACGGAAGUGAAUCACGGUAAGCCGGUGGAGGACGUGAUGUUCUUGCCUUCCGGCGGGUUAAUUGCGACGGCCGGAGGAGAUUCGGUGAAGAUUUGGGAUUUGAUUGGAGGAGGGAAGUUGGUGUAUUCAAUGGAGAGCCAUAACAAGACGGUGACUUCGAUUUGUGUUGGGAAAGUUGGGAAGCUCAGUGGGGAAGAGGCUCAGCAGUACAGGAUUUUGAGUGUGGCAUUGGAUGGUUACAUGAAGGUUUUCGAUUACGCGAAAAUGAAGGUUACUCAUUCAAUGAGGUUCCCUGCGCCGCUCAUGUCAGUGGGGUUUUCGCCGGAUUGUAUGACUAGGGUUAUUGGAACUUCGAAUGGGAUAAUAUAUGCUGGGAGGAGGAAAAACAAGGAAGAUGUGGAGAGUGGUUCUGAUGAGGAGCUUACCAAGUAUGAAAGGAGGUUGAAGAAGUUGGGUUCCGGGAAUGCUUUGGGUUUGGGGCCUGUGGCGGAGGAGCCACGGAUUAGGGUCUUGAAGCCUACUAGUUUUCGGUAUUUUCGGAGAGGGCAGUCAGAGAAGCCGUCUGAGAGAGAUUAUCUGGUGAUGAGGCGGAAGAAAGUGAAGUUGGGGGAGCAUGAUAAGCUGUUGAAGAAGUUUAGGCAUAAGGAAGCUCUGGUGUCUGUAUUGGGGAGGACUAAGAAUCCGGAGAAUGCUGUGGCUGUGAUGGAAGAAUUGGUGUCGAGAAAGAAGUUGCUGAAAUGUGUUUCGAAUUUGGAUUUGGAGGAGCUCGGAAUGUUGCUGAUGUUUUUGCAGAGGUACUCGACCAUGCCAAGGUACUCGAGGUUGUUGAUGGGGUUGACAGAGAAGGUUAUUGAGAUGAGGGCUGACGACAUUAGAGCUUCUACUGAGUUGAAGGGUCUUAUUAGAAACAUUAAACGUGCUGUCGAGGAGGAAAUACGAAUACAACAAUCUUUGCAAGAGAUACAGGGUGUUAUUUCUCCUUUGUUGAGGAUAACUGGAAGAAGAUGAAACUCUCUUCUCAAGAACCAUUUAUGAGGCGGCUGCUCUGUGUUUACCUGCUUCAGAUUCCUUGAUUCCUUGAUGAAAGUAAAUCUUGUCAAUAUUUCAUUCUAGUUGAAGAGUGCAUGGUCCCAGACAGAGAAGGUUUUUGAGAUGAGGGCUGAUGUGAUUACAGCUUCUAAUCCGUUGAAGGGUCAUGUUAGAACAUUAAACGUACUGUUGAGGAGGAAUUACGAAUACAACAAUGAUUGCAAGAGAUACAUGGUGAUUUCUUCGUUGUUGAGGAUACUGGAAUAAGAUGAAACUUUGUCUCUCUUUGUUUAUCUGCCUGAGGUGUCUAUCUAUUCAGUAUACUGUUUCUUUGAAUCGUGUAUUGCAAUUUUCCUUCUCUAGGAUCUAAUGUAUGUUGUUUCAUUCCAUCUCUUUUUCUUACUUCAAAUCUCGGUUAUCCAGAUCAACAAUGUGAGUUCAAUGCUUCCUAUUCUCCAA